AUGCGGGGAUUGUCUUCGGCGAUUGACGAUACCGGCGGAGGCUGUGGCAGUGAUGUUGACCAGUUUCAAGGAGAUGAAGCAGAAGACCGCUUUGAACCUUCGCUGUUCGCCGAAUAUUCCCCGCCUCCUCUGCCCAACGAUGUGCACACGGCUUUCUUGGCCGCCAACUUGUUGCUUCUCUACCUGAACCUGGCUAGGCUGUCGACUAUGUCAAUUGGCGACGCACAUCAGCUACCGGUUACCGUCAACGACCAUGACGACAACGACAACGACAACGACGAUAACAAUGGUACGUCAGUGGCGGCGGAGGCAGUGCGCGUUACUACCGAGGUGCACGGACGGCAGAACGGCGCUUGA